AUGGUUCAAUCCGCAGUCUUGGGUUUCCCUCGUAUGGGAGCCUUGAGAGAUCUCAAGAAGGCCACUGAAGCUUACUGGGCCGACAAGAUCUCCCAGGAAGACCUCAUUGCUGAGGGAAAGAGACUCCGUCUUGCUCACUGGAAGAUCCAGAAGGAUGCUGGUGUUGAUGUCAUCCCCUCCAACGACUUUUCCUUCUACGACCAAGUCUUGGACCACAUCCAGCUCUUCAAUGCCACUCCCGAGCGCUAUGCUUCCCAGAACCUCAACAUCCUCGACGAGUACUUCGCCAUGGCACGUGGUCGCCAGCGUGCCGGUGUCGAUGUCCCCUCCAUGGAGAUGGUGAAAUGGUUCGACAGCAACUACCACUACACAAAGCCUUCUUUCAGCGACUCCCAGACUUUCUCCCUCGCAAAGGAUGCUAAGCCCGUCCGCGAGUUCCUCGAGGCCAAGGAAGCUGGUUUCGUUACCCGCCCCGUCCUCCUCGGUCCCGUCUCCUUCUUGGCUCUCGGAAAGACUGAGCGUGGUCACUCUGUUGAGCCCAUCUCUUUGUUGAGCAAGCUUGUCCCCGUCUAUGUCGAGCUUCUCAAGGCCCUCAAGGCUGCCGGUGCCGACUCUGUCCAAAUCGAUGAGCCCAUCCUCGUUUUCGACUUGAAGCCUGAAAUCAAGGCCGCUUUCAAGCCUGCCUACGAAGCUCUCGGAGCCGCUGGCCCCGAGCUCACCGUUGCCACCUACUUCGGUGACAUUGUCCACAACAUUGAUGCUGUCUCAGCUUUCUCUGGACUCCACGCUCUCCACGUCGAUCUCGUCCGUAACCCUGAGCAGCUCGAGACUGUUAUCAAGGCUCUCGGCCCCAAGCAGACUCUUUCCCUCGGUGUCGUCGACGGACGUAACAUCUGGAAGAACGACUUCUCCAAGUCCCUCAAGAUCAUUGACGCUGCUGCCUCUGCCCUUGGCAAGGACCGCAUCAUCAUUGCCACCUCCAGCUCUCUCCUCCACGUCCCUCACACUCUUGCCAGCGAGAAGAAGCUUCCCGAGGAAGUCUACCAAUGGUUCUCUUUCGCCGUUGAGAAGGUCAAGGAGGUUGCCAUCCUCGCCAAGGCUACUACUGAGGGACCUGCCUCUGUUCAGGCCGAGCUUGAGGCCAACGCUGCUGCUCAGAAGUCUCGCGCUGAAUCUAAGCGCACCAACAACCCCGAGGUCAAGGACCGUCUUGCUAAGAUCACCCCUGACAUGUACAGCCGUAAGUCGGGCUUCGACACCCGUUACGCUCAACAGAAGACUCACUUGAGCUUGCCUCUUUUCCCCACCACCACCAUUGGUUCCUUCCCUCAGACCCAGGAGAUCCGUGUCCAGCGUAACAAGUUCACCAAGGGAGAGAUCACCGAAGAGCAGUACGAUGCUUUCAUCCGCAAGGAGAUUGACUACGCCGUCCAGGUCCAGGACGAGCUUGGUCUCGAUGUCUACGUCCACGGUGAGCCUGAGCGUAACGAUAUGGUUCAGUACUUCGGUGAGCGCAUGGAGGGUUAUGUUUUCACCACCCACGCUUGGGUUCAGUCUUACGGAUCUCGUUGCGUCCGUCCCCCCAUCAUUGUCGGUGACAUCUCUCGUCCCGCUCCUAUGACCGUCAAGGAGAGCAAGUACGCUGCUUCCAUCUCCAAGAAGCCCAUGAAGGGUAUGCUUACUGGACCUGUCACUUGCCUCCGAUGGUCCUUCCCUCGUAACGACGUCCACCAGUCUGUCCAGGCCAUGCAGCUCGCUCUCGCUCUCCGUGACGAGGUUGUUGACCUUGAGCAGAACGGUAUCUACGUCAUCCAGGUCGAUGAGCCCGCUCUCCGUGAGGGUCUUCCUCUCCGCUCCGGCAAGGAGCGUGAGGCUUACUUGGAGUGGGCCGUGAACAGCUUCAAGCUCUCCACCGCUGGUGUUGAGGACUCCACCCAAAUCCACUCUCACUUCUGUUACUCUGAGUUCCAGGACUUCUUCCACGCCAUUGCUGCUCUCGACGCCGAUGUUCUCUCCAUUGAGAACUCUCGUUCCGAUGCUAAGCUCCUCAAGGUCUUCAUUGACGAGGCCUACCCCCGCCACAUUGGACCUGGUGUCUACGAUAUCCACACUUCUCGUAUCCCCUCUGAGGAGGAGAUCAAGCAGCGUAUCUCUGAGAUGUUGGAGUACCUCCGCCCUGAGCAGCUCUGGAUCAACCCUGACUGCGGUCUCAAGACCCGUACCUGGGAACAGGUCAAGCCUGCCUUGGCCCACUUGGUCGCCGCUGCCAAGUUCUUCCGUGAGCAAUACAAGGCUUAA